UCGGCUAAUAUGGCGGCGCUGUGCAGACCGUCUGUGAUUGUGGACACACUGUCUCUGGCUGUGAAGUUUGCUCCAUGCCGGUCCAGAUGCUGUGCAGUGACCAGCCGAGCUCUGUAUUCCACUGUUAAUAAUCCCAAUGAAAAGACUUUUGAUAAAAUCCUUAUCGCCAACAGAGGAGAAAUUGCUUGCAGGGUGAUCAAAACGUGUAAGAAGAUGGGCAUCCAGACUGUAGCUGUUCACAGCGAUGUUGACACCAGUGCUGUUCAUGUAAAAAUGGCUGACGAAGCAGUCUGUGUUGGCCCCGCCCCUACGAGUAAGAGCUACCUGAAUAUGGACGCCAUCAUGGACGCCAUCAGACUAACAGGAGCACAAGCUGUUCAUCCUGGAUACGGGUUUCUUUCUGAAAAUAAAGAGUUUGCAAAGCGCCUCGCCGCAGAGGGUGUGACAUUCAUCGGCCCUGACAGUCAUUCCAUCCAGGCGAUGGGGGAUAAAAUUGAGAGCAAGCUGAUUGCUAAGGCUGCUAAGGUCAACACUAUCCCAGGAUUUGAUGGAGUUGUCAAGACUGCAGAUGAUGCUGUGAAGAUUGCGCAACAAAUUGGCUAUCCUGUAAUGAUCAAAGCCUCUGCUGGAGGGGGAGGGAAAGGGAUGAGGAUUGCCUGGAAUGAUGAGGAGACAAGGGAAGGUUUCCGUUUCUCCUCCCAAGAAGCAUCAUCCAGUUUUGGAGAUGAUAGACUAUUAAUAGAGAAGUACAUAGACAACCCCAGACACAUAGAGAUUCAGGUGUUGGCUGAUAAACAUGGUAAUGCUCUGUGGCUUAAUGAGAGAGAGUGCUCCAUCCAGAGGAGGAACCAGAAGGUUGUGGAGGAAGCUCCCAGUACCUUUCUGGAUCCAGACACUCGGCAGGCCAUGGGAGAGCAAGCAGUGCAGCUGGCCAAAGCUGUGAAAUACUCCUCUGCUGGAACAGUGGAGUUUCUGGUGGAUUCAAAGAAAAACUUUUACUUCCUGGAAAUGAACACACGACUUCAGGUGGAGCAUCCAAUCACUGAGUGCAUUACUGGCUUGGACUUAGUGGAGCAGAUGAUCAGGGUUGCCAAGGGUUACCAGCUGCAGCACACACAGAAAGACAUCCCAAUAACUGGCUGGGCCAUUGAGAGUCGUGUCUACGCAGAGGAUCCUUACAAGUCUUUUGGCCUUCCCUCCAUUGGACGAUUGUCUCAAUACCAUGAGCCACUAGACCUCAACAAUGUGCGUGUGGACAGUGGCAUUGAAGAAGGAAGUGACAUCAGCAUCUACUACGAUCCCAUGAUCUCCAAGUUGGUUACCUAUGGAGCUACACGAGCUGAAGCUCUUGCCAGGAUGGAGGAUGCUCUGGAUAAUUAUGUGAUCAGAGGUGUAACCCACAAUAUUCCACUUCUGAGGGAAAUCAUCACCCAUCCUCGAUUUAUCUCUGGUGACAUCAACACCAGCUUCCUGCCUGAGGUUUACCCUGACGGCUUCAAAGGUCACCAGCUGGACGCAGACGGUCGCAGGGAGCUGCUGGCCUCAGCAGCUGCACUCCACAUCACCUCACAGCUCCGUUCACAGAAGCUCCUGGGCAACCUGAGGCUGUCUCCAGCUCCUGUGGAAAGCAGCCGCUGGCAGCUGUGUGUGGAGCUGGGCGAGGGACGCCAUGACAUAGACAUUACCAAAGCAGGAAACAUUUAUACUGUGGGGGUGGAUGGAGAGACGGUUGAGGUGAGUGGACAGUGGAACCUGGCGUCCCCUCUGCAUGCACUAACUAUCAAUGGCACACAGAGGAUGCUUCAGUGUCUGUCCAGAGAGGCCUCAGGCCUGAUUGUUCUCCAGUACAUGGGUACAUUGUUUAAGGUUCGUAUUUUAUCCAAGUUGGCUUCAGAGUUGAACUCCUACAUGCCGGAGAAAGUUGCAGAGGACACCAGCAGCAUCCUGCGUUCUCCCAUGCCAGGGACGGUUGUGGCUGUGUCUGUAAAGCCUGGAGAUACGGUUGCAGAAGGUCAGGAGAUCUGUGUGAUUGAAGCCAUGAAGAUGCAGAACAGUUUAACGGCUGUCAAACAAGCAAAGGUCAAGAGUGUCCACUGUAAGCCCGGAGAAACCGUGGGAGAGGGAGAUCUACUGGUGGAGCUGGAAUAAAACAGAGCUUCCAUGUGGGACUUCAGCUCCACAGGACAGAGCAGGACCCGCUUUCAUCAACAGACUGGACUUGUUUUUCCAGCUGUCCGGCAGUUGUGGUCCACCAGUUCAUGAUGGAGACUCAGAGCAAAGAUGCUGGACUUCUCAGACUCCCUUAUGUGUCUUAUCUGUCGUAUUUCUCUUCUGAUUGUAGUAGUUUUAUAAAGAAU